GUCAGGGUCUGCGCUCCAGCGCGAGGAGGGGAGCUCGACGAAACGAGUGCCUUGUCGACCCCGGUCCGCCGAGUGUCGGCCACUCUUGUCCCCUCUAUUGCCCCCGCUCGAAGAGCGGCGGAGCAGAUUAUUGGGUGUCGCCGCUCUUGCUCUGCACAACAGCUGACACGACCGAUGGGCCGAGGAACGGCGCUACAAGCCCAGCGGCCCCGUGGGAGGUGGGAAAACGCGCGUCGCGCCCAAGGGGCUGCAAGCUGUUGCCGCAAAUGUGUGGGGGCGGGGUCGUCCACCGGCGGCAUGAGGCGCAGAAGGAGAGGGCGCACCACACCGCGCGCACCAACGGGUCGGCCCCGCUUGUUUCCUUAUGAACUCUUCGAAAACAAAGCUUUAAAGGCGGCCGGUUUUCUCAUUCUGGUCUCCUCAUCCUUCGACUCGCGUCUCCCUUCUUCUCGUCACUCUCUUCUCUCUUUCUUGUCUACCUUUACACACACCAUGUCCGAGGUCAACGGCAACCAGGGCGUUCUCAAGAACGAGCUCAACAACUCGGGCAACGUUGAGGCCAACAACGGCUUCUCGGGCGGCAGCGCUGUUUCGCGCUUCAUCACCCCCGGUGGUAACCCCAUGGACACCUCGCAGCCGGCGUUCCCCGUCUUCCACCGCAAGUUUGCCAACCCGGCUCCUCUCGGUCUUCUUGCCUUCGGUGGUACCACCUUCGUCCUCUCGCUUUACAACGCGCAGGCUCGUGGCGUCAAGCACCCCAAUGUCAUUCUCGGUCUCGCUCUCGGCUACGGUGGUCUUGCCCAGAUCAUCGCUGGUAUUGAGGAGUGGGCUUGCGGCAACACCUUCGGUGCCACUGCCUUCACCUCGUACGGCUCGUUCUGGCUUUCGUUCGCCUGCUUCUACAUCCCCCAGUUCGAGGUCCUCGCCGCCUACCCUACCGCGCACGAGAGGGAGUCUGCGCUCGCCAUCUUCCUGACGAUGUGGGGUAUCAUUACUUUCCUCUUCCUCCUCGGCACUCUUCGCUCGUCGGUCGCCCUCUUCCUCGUCUUCUUCUUCCUUGACAUCACCUUCUGGGUCCUCGCCGCUGGCCACUUCACCGAGAACCACACCGUCACCAAGGCUGGUGGUGGUCUUGGUGUCGUCACCGCAUUCGUCGCCUUCUACACCGCUCUCGCUGGUAUCCUUACCAAGGAGACCUCGUACUUCCUCCUCCCCGUUGGUGACCUCUCCAAGUAAUCUCAUUUCUCCCUUGCCUCGGAUCAUGUGGAUCGAUAGUGCGAGUAAUAUGUUGAUGACAAUUUUGCUACAUUUGCCGGGUGGCGGGGCCA